UCUUAUAUUAAAAAUCACUUCUAAUAGUUUUACAGCCAAACACUCAACUGUUUUUUUUAAGUACUUAUCUAAAAGCUCCAGCAAGAAACUGCUUCAGCAAAAGCUACAGCCUACAGCAUAGACAAACAAACUAAGCUAAUAAUAAAAGAACGGAAAUUUAGACACAACUCCUACAGCGUUCAUUUCUCUCUCACCCCAUCUCUCCUUCUCCUCAAUUCUCCACCCCAAGGCUUGUAUUUACUAUUUAUUUAUAGAAAAUCAGCAAGAUGUGACGAAAUUUUGGUCACAAAUAGUUCGUCGCCAAUAGUAUGGUCAAAGUUGGCUAGCCAACGCGGACGGGAGUAUUCGUCACAAAUUAGAUAGUCACUGAAAGUUACUGCACUGUGAUCCCGUCACUAAGUUGCUGCACACUUAACGUCAGGCCACUUGGGCGGCUGCUGGUCUGUCCCCUUUGGCGGCUGGUCAGCUCGAUUGCACCGUGGUCUGUCCCCUCUUGGCCGGCCCUGCAUAGAAACAUUGACGGCGGAAACCUCCAUUCAACAGGACUUUGCCUCUUUCUUAAGAUCUGUACUCAAUUAUUGCGGAUCCCUGUUUCGGAUUAAUUAUCCCGACACUUCACCGACUAUAAGAUUAGUACUUAAUCCAUCUCCGAGACCGCCACAAAUAAUCAGAUACAUGGAGCUCCUCCUGCAAAUAAUCCCCAUCUUCCUCUUAAUUAUCUCCAUCAUCAUCAUCGUAAUUAUAUUUUCACCCAAAAAAUGGGCGCCGCGAGGAAGAAGAAAAACCGGACGCCACCUGGCUCCGGCUCCCGGCUGGAGGCUCCCCGUGAUCGGCCACCUCCACCACUUCCUAACGAGCCGCCAGCCGCCGCACCGGCUCCUCCGCGAGCUGUCGCGGAAACACGGCGACGUGAUACGGCUGGAGCUGGGAGAGAUCUCGCACGUGCUGAUCUCGUCGGCGGAGGCCGCCAUGGAGGUGAUGCGGACCCACGACGUCAAGUUCGCGCAGCGGCCGCCGCACCCGCACUACGAGAAGGUGGUGUACGGCGGGAUGGACCUCAUCCAGGCUCCCUACGGCGACUACUGGCGCCAGCUGCGCCGCGUCGCCACGCUCGAGCUCCUCACCGCCAAGCGUGUGAGGUCGCUCGGGCGGGUCAGGGAAGCGGAGGUUAGGACCCUCGUCCGGUUGAUCGCGGCGGCUUCAGCCGCGACAGCAGGGGCCACGAUCGACCUGACGAGAAUGUUGUUCAGCUUGAUGUACAGGAUAAUAUCGAUGUCGACGUUCGGGGACGUGUCGAGGGGCCAGGAGGAGUUCAUAAAGGUUGCGGAGGAGCUGGUGGAGUAUGCGGGAGGGUUCAAGGUCGCCUACUUGUUCCCGUCAAACGCCCUGGUGCAGAGGCUGUCGGGGACGAAGGAGUUUCUGGACGGGAUACAGAAGGUCGUCGACGGGCUGGCGGAGAGCAUGAUCGGGCAACAUCAGGCCAGGAGAGCAGCGCAAGGGGGGAAGUCGAGGUCGGAGGAAGAGGAUCUUCUCGAUGUGCUCUUGAAUCUUCAGGAAAACGGCGACACGCUUGGUUUCCACUUGUCAACCGAUGCUGUCAAGGGUUUCCUCCUGGAUAUUUUCCUAGCCGGAAGCGAGACUCCAGCUGCACUGAUAGAAUGGGCAAUAUCCGAAAUGAUAAAAAACCCAGAAGUGAUGUACAAGGCGCAAUCCGAGGUGAGAAGAGUGUUCAGUGAAAAAGGAAGGGUCGAAGAAGCUAGGAUUUCCGAGCUCGCCUAUUUGAAACUGGUGAUCAAAGAGACGCUAAGAUUGCACACUCCCGCCCCACUCGUGCUUCCCAGAGAGUGCAGAGAAGAGUGUCAUAUCAGCGGAUACGAUAUUCCCUUGAAGACGAGAAUACUUGUGAAUGUGUGGGCCAUUGCAAGGGAUCCUCGUUAUUGGGGCGAAGAAGCUGAGAAAUUCUUGCCCGAGAGGUUCCUAAAUAAUAAAGUUAGUUUUAGAGGAGGUGACUUUGAGUUCCUCCCUUUUGGAGCGGGAAGAAGAAUGUGUCCUGGAAUGACUUUCGGAUUAGCAGCUGCUGAACUUACUCUAGCAAAUCUGUUGUUCCAUUUUGAUUGGAAACUUCCCCGUGAAGUUGAGGCAACAAGCUUCAAUAUGGAUGAAAAGUUUGGCGUCACCCUAAGGAGGGAAAACCAUUUGGAACUUAUUCCUGUUGUCCGCUAUAACCCUCUACCUUCCAUUUAAUUUCUACCUACCGUGGAUUAAGUGUAAAACGUCUAUAAUAAUCUUCAACAAGUGCUUUCAUUAUCCAUUGUAAACAACUUGGUUUGUAUACUUAUACUCGUAUAUUAAAUAUGAGUUGUUAUGUACUUUCAAUAAUGUACCACACGUCAGACUGGUCGAUUUACUUGUCAAAUUAUCAUACGAGAAACUAAAGAAUACGAUGAUUU